UAACGGUGCUACAACGGAAAACGAAGUAUUCGCGCUGAACGCUUGUGGUUUACUGAAUAAUUGAGAAAAAAAAUGUAAAAAAAAAAAGAAAUUAAUGAAAAUAAAAUUGUGUCUGAAAAGUAGAGCCAACAAAAUGAAUAAGUUAAUGUGGGAAUAAAUUUAAAAAAGCCUUCAAAAAUUAAUAUACAAGCAAGUGAGCGUGUGCGCUGCGGCCAGAUGCUUGACCUCCAUUUGUUGUUAGUGUAAAAAUGAUUCAGUGAAAUUGCUCUCAAGCAGCGAAAACGAAAAAAUCAAUCCUUUUUCCGCUGGCUGCCUUCAAGCGUGUCGAUUUCUCAGUCGUUUUCGUGUUGUUGUGUUUUUUCGGCUUCUGCUGCGUGUAACUGUAUAGCUGUGCGUUAUACCAAUUAGUGUGGCAAUUAACGGUCUAGUCGUAGCUUAGAUAGCGCGCACAAUUCAAUGCCACUGAUAACGGUUUAUAACGUUAGUGCCAGCAUGCUUGUUUGUGUGAGUGUGUAACACAUAUAUACAAGUAUAUGACAUCAAUAUAUUUUGGUGCGUGAAAUUAUUUUCGGUAGCCAAUAAAAUACUUAUAUACAUGUGUACAUAAGUAUGUUUAUAGGUGUGCGACGGCUGGCUUGAUUCAUUGAAAAAGCCAUUCCAAAUAAGCUGCAUAAAAUUUAAGAAAAAGAAAAAUAUAAUCAAAUAAAUAAAAAUUAUUUUAAUAAAAAAAUGUGCUUUUAAGGUUAAAAAAAUUAAGUUAAAAAAAUGAAAAUUAUGUGAGAUUACAUAAAUCCCUUUGAAAACCAAUAAUUUUCGAAAGGCUCAUCGGUAAAAAUAACAAAUUAGAAAAUUUCUGAAAACCAAUGAAAUGAAAAGAAGCGCGUCGCUCAUACGCCACGACAAACCAGCGGCAUAAUAGAUUACGCGAUCAGCGAAGUAUAGAAAUUGCCAUCACAUCCACCUACAACAAACUAUCUCCACCAACUGUAGGCCGCAAAAAACACGCGGAAUGUCAGUUCAAAGAGUGAUUGCGAAUUAUUGAAGUGAUUAAAUAAGCACAACAGAGCAACUAAUUAAAUGAAGCUAAUUUGUGCAAGUGCGGGUAGUGUGUAUAAAACGUAAUUAAAUAAAACAGGUGCAUAAAAAAUCAAAGACAACACCUUGAAUACACAAACAGCAAAAACAAAGAGCUUGAGUGUCUAGCGACAGCAUGACUGAGAACAAGGAUAAACACGCCGCCAGCAGUGGCGGCAGCACAGAAAUCGCCAGCAGUCACAACAAUAACGCGCAAGGCCAGAGCACGAACGACGGCGGCAACACCAACAAGCCGAAGGAUAAGAAAAAUGACAACGAAACGACAGUCGCGCUGAGGGAUACGCAACUUGAGCGCGAAAAGGAUAAAGAGCCGCAUGACAGAUGCGCUCACAAGGAUGAAUUUGGCACGCAACGUGUCUACAAGAAGACUUCACCAAAUUGUGUGCUCACACUCUACUUACCUUCGCGAGAGAUCACACUUUCCGGCAAUAAUCCAGCUAUAUUGCGAGGCAUUAUUUAUGUGGAUCCAAAGGCGAUACAAGGUUACAGGGUUUAUGCACAAUUAACGUUGACUUUCCGUUACGGCCGCGAGGAUGAGGAGGUGAUGGGUUUGCGUUUCUGCAAUGAGGCUAUUAUGUCGCUACAUCAAGUCUGGCCAAGGAAUGAGGAGCCGGCGCGUGAGUCACUCAGUCCACUGCAGGAAGCCUUAGUGAAGCGUCUUGGCGAUGGCGCACACCCAUUCACACUCACCCUAACCCCACAGGCGCCACCCAGCGUGCAAUUAGUGCCGGCAAAACGUUACUAUGGCGCACCGAUCGGCACCAGCUAUGAUGUGCGCUGCUUUAUAGCGGAUAAAACAGAUGAGAAAUUCCACCGGCGCGCCUCAGUCAAAAUGGGUGUGCGUGUUAUCUAUCGCACCGAUGUGUAUCAGCAGUCGAAUGGACCAGAGAAUUUCGCCGCGCUCAUCAACAAUCAGGGCGCCUCGCCGCCAUUGACUGCGGCGCUCACAUCACCGCCCGCAACGCUUGGUGGUACUGGCGCGCUCAACGCCCAAAAUGGCAACACAACACCCGGCUUGUCUUCGAUGCUGGGCGGCAGCGGCAGCGCUGACAGUAAUACGAGUUUUGAGGGUGCUACCACCGCCAGUUCAGCAGCAACCACACAGAGUCACGCCAAGCCGCGUAAGUCAGAGCGUGGCGAUUCGUUUCCCAAGCUGCGCCUCUCACCGAAGUCUUUUCGCUUUAGCGGUCGCUUUGGACGCAGUAAAAGCGAGAUUGAGAAGUGUCCCAGCGAUCCGUUCUACAAUUAUAGUAAAUCGUUUCAAGAGUACGAUUGCACUGCUAUUGCCGGCGGCAUCGGCGCUGUCGGCGUUGGUGGCAUUAGCGGCGCACCACUCACCGCCUCGCCGGGUGGCGGCUGCACGGUCGGUGGUGUGAUUGGCGGUAAUGCAGCAUGCGCGCUUAGUGGCGGCGCCGGUGGUGGACCACAAGGUGCCGUGGACAAGCCAUUCCUCUUGCAGGACGGACGUGUCGGCUUGCGGGCAAGCCUCGAUAAGGCCUGGUAUACGCAUGGCGAGGAUGUCUGCGUGACGGUGAAUAUCAAGAAUGACAGCCGCAAGACGGUGCGGAAAGUGCGGGUGUGCGCCAUUCAACACGUCGACGUCUGCAUGUUCAACAAUGGGAAAUUCAAAAAUAUUGUCGCUGACUCGGACAGCUCGCCCGUGGACCGCACAGUAGCGCCUGGCAGCACGAUGAACACCACAAUCAUACUAAAGCCACAACGUGGUCAAACGAAAAACUGGAUCGCGCUCGAAGACACACUGCAGCGCAGCACAGAGCCCGAAGAAAUCACCGGCGUCAUUGCUGCCUCAGCGAUACGCUCUCCAAAUCUUAUACUUGCGCCCGGGCAGGCCAUUAACCCAUGCCCCAGUCCGGCUGUAGGCAUACCGCAACCCAGCGGCUAUCAUGGACACGGUGUGUCCGGCGUUGUGGGCGACGACCGCAAUGUCUUCGCCAUUUAUGUAUCCUACUAUGUGAAGGUCAAAUUGACGUUGAGCGGCAUGGGUGGCGAACUGUCACUAAAGCUGCCCUUCGUGCUAGUGCAUGUCGAAGAGCCAAGAGUGGAGCACAGAGUGGAACGACUUGCGCUAGACGAUGUGCCGGCUGGCAAACGGAACGGCAACAAAACAAAAAGCGGCGCUGCCACGUCGACGUCCGGCAUAACGGGAACUACGCCACGCAAAGAUGGCAAUGGACGUCUCAGCGCGCAACCAAAGCAACUUGAUCGCAUCGAAUCGGUGGACGAUGAGAUACGUUUGCCAAUACCAGAUACAGCUGUGCCAAGUACUGCGCCAGCUACCAGCAGCAAGCGCAAGCUUGUUCGCAGCGAAACAUUGGCUAAAGAUUUGGACGAGGAAAUCGAAGAGCAAACAGAGGCGGAAGCGGCAAAAGCAACGCUUAGCACCGAAGAGAGUUUGCCGCAUGACGGUGAAGAGCUGGAGCAAGUGCACAUAGUGCAAAUACACUCACAUGUAGCGGAGAGCAUUGAAAAAGAAACGGUCGAGGACCCUCAAGAGGAGUCAGACAAAAAAGAGCAGGAAAUUGUAGAGUCUAUGGAACCAGAGGAAGAUAUAAAGCAGCCACAAGAUGAAUCAGCAAAUGAUGAAGCAGAAGAAGAAGAAAAAGUGGAGUCAGAUGCGAGCGCGUUGGAAGAGACGCCUAACGUCCAUGAGCAUCACCCUCAUUCCUCACAUGUGUGAUUCUCAUUUCUGCGCGGCAUGUUUCACAAGAAACGGCAAACAAAGUGAGGUACUUAGCAGAGGUAUAGGCGCUUUUUUCGGCUAUAACCGCGUCAGCGGUGUCUGUGCUUAUAAAAAAGAAAUCUCUUUUUGGAUAUAAAGCGAAAGAGAAGAAUAGUGUGUAGUUGAAUAAGAAGGAAUGUAAAAAAAGAAAAUGCUUUGAGAAUGAAAGAAGCAUAAGAAAUGACAACUGGAGGUGCGUUGAAUUUUUUGGAUCAUCAGGAAUGAUCUCCAAGAGAAAAUACUUAUAAAUAUAACCUUAAGCUACAAGUAAAGUAAAAUAAGGAACUUUGAAAACAAAUUAUCUGUUUAAGUAUUCCAUAUGAAACCGAUUAUACAAUAUUAAGUAUAGAGUAAAAAAAUCACUGGAGAACAUGCAAUUUAUUGAGUCCAAACGCAUGGAAAAACAUCUAAUAAGGGCAAGAGAGGAAAAUUUUCGCGGCAGAACCCUUAAUUAUUAUUUCGGGAAUGAAAAUCCAAAAAGACUUAAACUUGAAGUUCCUGAAACAUAAUGGAAAACACGAUCUCGCAACUACAAUUCAAAACUAUAAAACCACAAACAAGAACAUGGAUUUCAGAGAUCUCUCACGAAACUGAAAACGAUUAUAUAGUAGAUCUAGAAUUAUGUUACUCGCACUCUACGUUAAAAGUAAAUAUUCCUUCGAAGUAUGAUAAUAG